AUGGGUAUGGGUAGUUUGGGGAGGAUUUGUCCCAUGACGGUUUCAUUCAACUUCUCCCACAUCAUCAACGAGCUAUCCUUCGGCCCUUACCUCCCCUCUCUGAUCAACCCGCUCGAUCAGACCGUCAACUCGGCCCCAGAACACUCGCACUUUCACCGCUUUCAGUAUUUCCUCUCCAUCGUCCCGACAGUCUACAGCCUCGGCCACCCAGACUCAUAUUCGUCCCGCUCCAUCUUUACAAAUCAAUACGCCGUCACGGAGCAGUCCGCUCCUAUUCCAGAGAACAUGGAGAUGCAGAUGAUUCCCGGGAUUUUUGUCAAGUACGACAUCGAGCCGAUCCUACUGAAUAUUGUCGAGGACAGGGAUAGCUUCUUUGUCUUUUUGAUCAAGGUGGUGAAUAUCCUGAGCGGCGCCAUGGUGGCGGGGCAUUGGGGUUUCAGGCUCAGCGACUGGGUGAAUGAGGUGAGGGGACGGAGGAGGAGGAACGCGGGACAUAGCCAGGGGAUGCUGGGGACCAAGGGGGGUGGGGAGUAUGAGGAGUGA